GGUGACGCCAUCAUAGAGCGACCAUCUGGCGAGUAAACAGACUAGUUCCGCUGUCGCGAUGGAAUCAAACAAGGACGAAGCUGAACGGUGUAUUAAGAUUUCUAUAAGUGCGCUCAGUAAAAACCAGACAGACAGAGCUAAGAGGUUUCUAGAAAAGGCACAGCGUUUGUUUCCAACCGAUCAGGCCAAAAGUUUACUAGAGUCUAUCGAACAGAAUAAGAAACCACCGGACGAAGAAGAGAGGCCUAUGAAUGGGGAUGGUUCUGGAGUGAGACAACGUAGCCAUGGGGACGAAGCCGGAGACUCAGCCACAGACUCAGCCAAACCAUACACAUCAGAUCAGCUGGAUGCUGUUAAAAAAAUAAAGAGUUGUAAAGACUACUAUGAGAUUCUGGGAGUUGAAAAGGACGCCGGCGAGGAGGACCUGAAGAAGUCCUACAGGAAACUGGCCCUGAAAUUCCACCCUGAUAAAAACCAUGCUCCAGGAGCCACAGAGGCAUUUAAAGCCAUUGGCAAUGCAUACGCUGUACUCAGUAACACAGAGAAGCGGAGCCAGUAUGACCAGUAUGGUGAGGAGAGAGCUCACCCUACGAGACAACAGCACAGGCACCAGCGCCAUGACUUCGAAGCCGACAUCUCGCCCGAGGACCUCUUCAACAUGUUCUUUGGAGGAGGUUUCCCAUCACGUAAUGUACAUGUUUACAGAAACGGCGGAAUGCACUUUGGCCAUCAGCAUAGAGCAGGACCAGAGAGGAGAGAACAGCGGGAUGGAGGUUUUGCCCUGUUUGUCCAGCUGAUGCCCAUCCUCAUUCUAAUCUUCGUCUCCGCCCUCAGCCAGAUGAUGGUGACCCCUCCCCCCUACAGCCUUAGCCACCGCUCAGGUGCGGGCCACAUCAACCGGAGGCAGACACAGACCCUGAAGGUGGCUUACUACGUAGGAGCUAGCUUCACCAAGGAGUACUCUGGAAAAGACCUAAGGAAUGUGGAGAGGAGCGUGGAGGAAGACUACAUCUCCAACCUCCGGAACAACUGCUGGAAGGAGAAGCAACAGAAGGAAGGCUUGCUGUACCGUGCUCGUUAUUUCGGAGACUCUGACUUGUACCAAAGGGCUCAGCGGAUGGGCACGCCUAGCUGCUCACGACUGUCAGAGAUUCAGAUCAUGCUACAUGGAUAAGAACUCAAACAAACAGAAUGAUUAUUUGGUACUUGAAUCGAAUGAGAAGAAAUCAAUAUACAACGCCCUAUUCAAGCCCACACAAAAAUUGGAGCAGCAAUUUGAGAGAAACUGCCUUAGAUCCAUGUGGUGGGUUGCAGACAGAUAAGGCCUGUCAGGGGGGGACCCCUGUCUCUUUGCACACUCCUGUGGUCAGUCUUAACUUCCUAUAGAACUGUGAAACAGACGGAGAAGGUGAUGGCUGGUUUAAAUACAAAAACACUUCAAGGCU